AUGUAUAACAACAAUACAGAAAAAAACAUUUACAGUCCUGACAAUCCAUAAUUCAAAUAAAAGGUUUACGAACUCCAACUUAUUAUGGAAUAAUGCAAAUAUACCAAAAAAAAUAAAGUCAUAGAUGAUGCUAAAAUUGUUCUAUUAAAUUAUAAGGAAUUGAACCCAACUUUGACAGCCAUUAAUAUUACUAUGCUAGAAUUAUAAGGAAACAUUCCCAUUCCAUACAAUAAUAGCAUCUUCUCAAUCUUUAUACAUUUAAGAUUUCAAACCUCUCAUCCUGAAGUCUAACCCUUCAUUUUCCUCAAAAACGUGGAUCCUAAUAAAUUUGAUGCUAACCCUUUAUAUAAGUCGGCUGAAAUACAAAAUGGAUUGUAUAUUACUUUUAAUAAUUUCAUUCCCUCCAUCAAGAAUUGGAAUAAGAAUUAUAAAAUUAUCGAUUUUAUGUUGGAAGUACAAUAAGCCUUGUCCAGGAAUUUUCCUUUUUUCCUCAAAACAAAUCCUUACAAUUAGAAUCAAUCUUAAUACUAAUAUAACCCUUAAUAGAUGAUGAGUUAAGUGAAUUAAUCAUAAUUUAAUAAUUAUGGACUUUGGCAAUCUUAAAUGUAAUAGCCACAAUAUGUUUAACAAUAGUAAUAACCUCAAUAAAAUCCUUAUUCUUAAAUAUAAUAAAUCCCAUAAUCGCAACAGCAAUAAUAAUAAUAAUAAUAAUCUCAGUUUAUUUAAUAAAAGGACUAACCAAAAAAGAAGUAGCAAUAAGAAGAACCAGGAAUGGCUAAUAAAUUGAUAUCAAUAAGUGCAUCUGUUUUUGAAUUCGGAAAGGAAUUGUUUAUGAGUUAAGAAGCAAAAGAGGAGAAAAUAAAAACUGAAAUCAAAUCCAAAGUGGAUAUUGAAUUAUUUAAUCAAUCUAAGAAACUCAUGGAUUCAAUUAGAUAGUAAAAAUAAUUAACUGAUGUUUUGACAGAAUAAUAUUAACAACAAACGAAAGUAAUGAGGGAGAUUCAAUUAAAAGAUUAAGAGAUAAAUUCUAGUAUCUAUGAAUUAGACUAAUAGAUGAUCUAAAUGGAACAUAAAAUAGAAGCUUGUGUAACCACAAUCAGCAAAUUAGAAUAAAACAAUAUUGAAGAAUUAAUGUAGACAGAUCCUCUUAGUAAUUAGAUUAUAGAUUUGACAAGUGAGAUUCAAGCCUAAAAGGAAGGGUUGUAUUAUGUUUAGAAGAAAUUUAGACAUUAAAAUUUAGAUUAUGAUUAAUUAAUCAAAAUAACUAGAUAAAUGAGUUAGUAGAUGUUCGAUCAAUAUUUAUUAUUGAAAAAAUGUGUUACUAGUAAAUAAUGA